UUGUGGCGUGGCGUGGCGUAGUGUGGCGGUAGAGUAGACACACAACACCGCAUGGGAAACAAGAACAAUAUACCUGAACUCUACAAUUUCUGUUCUCUCAGUUCAACGACAAAAUGUUGACCACAAAAACUUUUUUAAAGAAGACAAAACGGGGAAAUAUUUUGAAGAUUGUUCGAGAACACUACCUCCGUGAUGACAUAUGGUGUGGCUCAGUUCUGUGCAAGACAUGUUCUAUGAAAGAAAGAGAAAAGACUCUUGAAAAGGAUCUAGAUCAUAGUUCCAGUCUCUUCUCAUUCCCUCACUACUUGGUGCUGGACACCAAUAUUGUAUUGGAUCAGAUUGAUGUACUGGAAGAAAACAGUUUUGAAAAUGUAAUUAUUUUACAAACAGUUCUAGAAGAAGUAAAACAUCGUAGUUCUCCAGUUUAUCGGCGUUUAAAAGAUAUCAUCUCUAAUCCUGAUAGAAAAUUUUAUGUCUUUGUAAAUGAGCAUCACAAAGAUACUUAUGUUGAGCGUAAAGCUGGAGAAUCUGUCAAUGACAGAAAUGACAGAGCAAUUCGAGUUGCAACUGCAUGGUAUGCCUCACACCUUGCACCUAGUCAGCCAAAGGGAAAGAAUAAGCAUGUGAGCAUUGUUCUUCUUACUGAUGAUGCUGCAAACCGUCAAAAAGCCAAGGACGAAGGACUCAUCUCUUGCUCUGUGCAUGACUAUGUAAGCUCUUUGGAGAAUGCCCCUGCCUUACUCGACAAGUUGUCAAAGAGAAAUUUUGUUUUGGAAGGCAAUUCAAAAGAACCCUUAUUUCCACUUCAUCUAUCUCCUAAAGAAAUCCAAGAUGGUAUAAAAGCUGGUAAACUUCUACAAGGCACAUUCCUUGCCUCCCGAGAAAAUUUCCUCGAAGGAUCAGUGAAUGUGGAAGGUUAUGAAAAGUUUAUUCUGGUCCAAGGACAUGCUGGCUUGAACAGGGCGGUAGAUGGUGACACAGUAGCCUUAGAACUCUUGCCAGAAAGUGAAUGGGUUGCCCCGAGUGAUAUUGUGUUGGAAGAUGCUGAAGAAGAUCCAGGAGACAUAUUGGAUGAUGAAGCAAAAAUGGAGAAAGAAAAACAGAAGGCUAAGAAGGUGGAAAGAGAACCUACAGGCAAGGUUGUGGGAAUCAUCAGGCGGAAAUGGAGGCAGUACUGUGGGAUCCUGCAACCGAGUCAAGACAAAAAUAGUAUUCGACAUUUAUUCAUGCCUGCAGAGCGCAAAAUUUCCAAGAUUCGUAUUGAAACAAGACAGGCUGAAACUUUAAAGUCCCAGCGCAUCAUAGUAGCUAUUGACUCCUGGCCAAGGACGUCAAGAUACCCCUUGGGCCACUUUGUCCGGGCUCUCGGGAAUAUUGGCGACAAGAAUACAGAAAAUGAAGUCCUCUUGCUGGAACAUGAUGUGCCCCACAGUAAAUUCUCAGAACAAGUUCUCAGCUUUCUUCCAAAAUUGCCGUGGGUGAUUACAGAUGCGGACCUGGAGAGGCGCGUGGAUCUGCGGAACAUCACCAUAUGUUCGGUAGACCCCCCCGGCUGCACCGACAUCGACGACGCCUUGCACUGCAGGGAACUCGAGAACGGCAACUAUGAGGUGGGUGUUCACAUCGCUGAUGUCUCACAUUUCAUCCGACCUGGUAAUGCUUUGGACAAGGAGGCUGCUCUACGAGCCACAACAGUUUACUUGGUAGACAAAAGAAUUGACAUGGUCCCUGAACUACUGAGUUCCAAUUUGUGCUCAUUGAGGGGCAAUGAAGAACGGUUUGCAUUCUCCUGCAUUUGGGAGUUGACAAAGGAUGCCACAAUAGUCAAUACCAAAUUUCACAAAAGUGUAAUUUGUUCAAAAGCAGCUUUGACUUACGGCGAAGCCCAAGCUAGGAUUGAUGAUAAGACACUAAAUGAUGAUGUUGUUAAAUCGCUAAGGGGAUUGAAUUCCUUAGCUAAGAUUCUUAAAAAGAGAAGAAUAGAAAAUGGUGCUCUUGUUUUAGCCUCACCUGAGAUUCGAUUCCAAGUUGAUAGUGAAACACAUGAUCCCAUAGAGGUAGUAGCAAAGAAGAUGCUUGAAACAAAUUCAAUGGUCGAGGAGUUCAUGUUGUUAGCCAAUAUUUCAGUUGCUCAAAAAAUUGUUGAAGAAUUCCCUGAGUGUGCAAUGCUUAGGAGACAUCCACAGCCUCCUCCUACCAACUUUGAACCUCUUGUGAAAGCGGGUCACCUGCAAGGUUUUGAGAUUAAUGUGGAAUCUGGAAAGGAUCUGGCGGAAUCCUUGGACAAAGCUGUGAAGUCUGACAAUCCCUACUUCAAUACCAUGUUGCGAAUCAUGGCAACACGUUGUAUGAUGCAAGCUGUGUAUUUUGCUAGUGGAAUGCUACAGAAGGAUGAAUUUUUCCAUUAUGGCCUGGCUUGUCCUAUUUACACUCAUUUCACCUCACCUAUUAGACGGUAUGCGGACAUUAUUGUGCAUCGACUUUUGGCUGCCUGUAUUGGAGCUGACUCAACAUAUCCUGAACUGCUAGAUAAGCGUAAAAGUCAUUCCCUGUGUCAUAAUUUGAAUUACCGAAACAGAAUGGCUCAGUAUGCAGGUCGGGCUUCAGUAAACCUCCAUACUCAUCUAUUCUUUCGAAACAGAGUUCAAGAUGAACAAGGAUAUGUUUUAUAUGUUCGUAAAAAUGCACUUCAAAUCCUUAUUCCUAAAUAUGGUCUUGAAGGUACUCUUUAUCUUGCACCACCUAAGGGACAGAUUGCCAAAGUUAAUUUCACAUAUAAUGAAGAGGAACAAAGUCAGAGUCACGGAUCAAUUAAAUUCAGAGUGUUUGAUCCAGUCACAGUUCAGCUAAGCUUAGACCGCAGAAAUGUGCAACAUGAAAAGCUCAUGCUCCUGCUUGUAAAACCUGAGAUUCCAGAGUUUAGUGUCCCAUCUCAAGCAGGGUCACAACAAGUUGAAGCAAUGGAUGUAGAUGAGGUAAAGGACGUAGCUCCACCUCCUAAGAGACAAAAGAAAUCUAAGUAAUUUUAUUAAUAAUAAAAUUUAUAAUUAUCAUUGAACGAA